UGUUGGGAAGCGCACUCUGAUGACGUUUAGUUCUGCUUAAUCUGUUCUUGCUUCACGCGCCUAGUACUACAAUGAAUAAGAACAUAAAGAAAAGUGAUAUAUCUUGGGUGAAACCCACCGAACCGUCGUUUCUAAAGAAAUUCAAGAGUGAUGUCGGAUACAAGGAAGGACCCAACGUCGAUACGAAGCGUCAGGCGAUGCCAACGCUAGAUGAUGACAGCGGCAGCGACCGUGAGGAUGAGCUACCGCAGGUCGUCGUCCUGAAGAAGGGCGACCUGAGCGCCGAUGAGGUGAAGCACAUCAAAGGCGACGGCGCUUCAGAGAAAGAGGACGAGCCUCCUGCAGAUGGUAAAAUCGUGUUCAAGAAGCCGGCCAAGCGCUCCUCCACGGAUAAGUACCAGGGCAUCACAGCCAGCUCCAGCAAAAAGAAGAAGAGUGCCACGGGGGAGAAGGAGGACAAGAAAGAGGAAAAGAAAGAGGAGGAGGAGGAAGAGGAGGAGGAAAAAGAGGAGAAGGAGAAGAAAGAGGAGAAGAAGGAGAAGAGGGAGGACAAGAAGGAGAGAAAAGUGAAAAAUAACAGUCUUCUGUCAUUUGGGGGAGAUGAGGAGGAAGACGAUGGCUAACUGUUUAUAGACUCAAGACGAACGCAAGUUUUUAUUUAUUCAUGGUGAACCUCUUUUGACGAUGAUAUAAAUCUGGGGAAAAAAAACUAAAAUUUUCUAUUUUCCCCCUAUCUGGAUGACUGAACAAAAGUUUAUUCAAACAGUGUUGACUUAUUCACUGUAUGAGGUGUUCAACAAAACAAAAAAAAACCUUAUCACUUCCCUGUUCAAAAUGUGUUUAUUGCGAUGUGUAUUUCAGUAAGUGUCCUGUGAAUGUUGUUUCAUCCUAAGUGUGGGGAGAACUUGCCAUGAGGUUUGCAACUCGUCUUGAGUAUUGUUGGGUGUUUAUUCAUAAAUGGAUACAUUCAUCAUUUUGUUGAAUGUAUGGAUAUUAUAGCUUCAAUGAUGGAGCUCUUAAAUUUAAAGCGUUUGUGUUAAAGCAAUGCAUUCAUGUCUGCACGUGUUUUUCAUUUUUUUUUUUACAUCGAUGUGCUGUUGUUUUGUAGCUUCAGAGUUUUAAUAGUGAACCAUUUGGAUGAUGUAUUAAACAUCUUGUUUUUAUUCAA